GGUGCAUUCCAUUGAAAGAAUCUUGAAGCUCUUCACAAGAAGAGUCAACAUAGCGAAUGGCAUCUAUUAUAAAGAGAACCAAGCUUGCUUCUCCACAAACACACCACUUAUCAAAAAUCAUUUCCCUCUCUCUCACUCUCAAUCAUUAACACAAAAAAUUAUGGAGCACAACAAGGUUGAUACAAAGCUUCAAGAAUCUUGCGAUGAUCAACAAAAAUGGGUUCUUGACUCAUCUCUCGAUAGUAGAGGAGAGAUUCCGGUUCGGGCUAGAACCGGAGCUUGGAGAGCUGCACUCUUCGUCAUUGCAAUUGAGUUCAGUGAGAGACUAAGUUAUUUUGGGAUCGUUACGAGCUUAGUUGUCUAUUUAACAACGAUCCUUCACCAAGAUCUUAAGAUGGCUGUAAGAAAUGCAAACUACUGGACUGGUGUCACUACUUUGAUGCCUCUUCUCGGAGGCUUUGUCGCAGAUGCUUAUCUCGGCCGUUAUGCCACUGUCCUACUUGCCACCAUCAUCUACCUUAUGGGUUUGAUUCUGUUAACAUUGUCUUGGUUUAUACCGGGAUUGAAAGCUUGUAAUCAAGAAGUAUGUGCUGAGCCAAGGAAAGCCCACGAAAUAGCUUUCUUCAUUGCAAUCUACUUGAUCUCCAUAGGCACUGGAGGUCAUAAGCCGUCCCUUGAGAGCUUUGGAGCCGACCAAUUCGGAGAUGACAAUCCUGAAGAACGAAAGAUGAAGAUGUCUUACUUUAACUGGUGGAGCACCGGACUUUGCGCUGGUGUUUUAACCGCAGUGACUGUGAUCGUCUAUAUAGAAGAUCGUAUUGGUUGGGGCGUGGCUGGUAUCAUACUCACUUUAGUAAUGGCUACAUCGCUUUUGAUCUUCCUUAUGGGUAGACCGUUCUAUCGUUAUAGAACACCUUCUGGUAGCCCGUUGACCCCGAUGUUGCAAGUCUUCAUUGCUGCCAUUUCCAAAAGACAUCUUUCUUGUCCUAACGAUUCUUCUCUUCUUCAUGAGUUGUCUAGAGAAGAGUAUACUAAAGGACGGUUUCUUUCCAGCACAGACAAUCUUAAAUUUCUAGACAAAGCAGCGAUUGUCGAAACUCGAGGGAGCGGGAAUAUGGCUGAGAAGGAGAGUCCAUGGAAACUCUCAACGGUAACAAAAGUAGAAGAACUGAAACUACUCAUCAACAUGAUUCCGAUCUGGUUCUUUACAUUAGCUUUCGGCAUAUGCGCAACUCAAGGCACAACACUCUUCAUCAAACAAGCCAUUAUCAUGGACCGACAUAUCGGUCACAACUUCGUAGUUCCUCCAUCUUCCAUGUUUGCUCUCGUAGCUCUCUCCAUGAUCAUCUUCUUAACAGUCUAUGAGAAACUCCUUGUGCCUCUUUUGAGAUGCGUCACGGGAAAUGAAAGAGGUAUUAGCAUUCUGCAAAGAAUCGGAACCGGUAUGGUUUUCUCCUUGAUCACCAUGGCCAUUGCUGCUCUAGUUGAGAGAAAAAGAUUGGAUUAUACUAAGCAACAUCGCAUGGCCAUGAGUGUUAUAUGGUUAGCUCCUCAGUUCAUAGUUAUAGGCAUAGCUGAUGCUUUGACCCUUGUGGGUCUUCAAGAGUAUUUCUACGACCAAGUCCCUGAUUCAAUGAGAAGUCUAGGCAUAGCCUUUUACCUUAGUGUGAUUGGAGCAGCUAGUUUUGUCAACAAUUUCUUGAUAAUGGUUACUGAUCAUUUAAGUGAGGAAAUCUCUGGAAAGAACUUGUUUGGGAAAGAUCUUAAUAGCAGUCGCUUGGACCGUUUUUACUGGACGCUAGCCGUUUUGACCGCUGCAAGUAUAUGCUUCUUUGUGAUUGUAGCCAAAAGGUAUACUUAUAAGAGUGUGCAAUCAAGUCUGGCUAUUGCUGACGGUGGCGAUGACGUCAAGGCAGCCUCGGUGCAAAAUACGUCAAAGUAUACUUAAACAUGCAUCACUAUAGAUUUGGUUAUGCUUUUCUUUUUUUUUUGUAACAAUAGAUUUGGUUAUGUUAUCACCAUUUUCAUGUGCUUUUGCCUUUUUUUGUACUUGCUAAGUGUUUUCGCACUCUUAUCUAUUUAGUGUAGCUUUAAUUA